AAGCAGACUGCCACAUCUUUCUCCUAUGGAGUGGCUGGUAGGUUCAAACCGCCGACCUUUUGUUUAGCAGCCGAGUGCUUUUACCACUGUACCACCCGGGCUCCAUACUUUUAAUAGUACUGCUUAUUUCUCUAGGAAGCCAGGUUGGGGUUAAAGAAUGAAGAGAUUUCCAGAAGAUAAAUUAUUGGGCAAAGGAUUUGCCAGGAGAUUCGGGGAAGGGUCUGUGGUCGGAGUUAUAAAGGAAGUGAAUGUGAGCCCAUGCCCCACCCAGCCAUGCCAGCUGCUCAAAGGACAGUCUUAUAGUGUCAAUGUCACCUUCACCAGCAAUACUUUUUCCAGAAAUAGCACAGCCUCGGUGCAUGGCAUUGUGAUGGGCCUCCCAGUUCCCUUUCCCAUUCCUGAGCCUGAUGGUUGUAAGAGUGGAAUCGACUGCCCCAUCCAAAAAGACAAGACCUAUUACUAUGUGAAUAAACUACCAGUGAAGCAUGAAUACCCCUCUAUAAAACUGGUGGUGGAGUGGGAACUUCUGGAUGACAAAGGACAGCGUCUCUUCUGCUGGAAAAUCCCAUUAGAGAUCAUAUCCUAGAGAUAUUUGAUGCCAAUAUGUCUGUCUGGGGGUGAGAGGGCACAGGUAGGGGGAGGGGACAAAGGAGAGGAAAAAUCAAGUCUGAAACUAAAUCAGUGCCAUAAGAUGAAAGGAAAUUUCCAAACUGCUGUCUUAUACCCCUCAGCCUCCAAAAGCAAUCUAAGACCCUGUUUCCUGAAAGCUCAAAACUGUUUCCUUAUGACACCUUUUGUAAAAGGGUUGAAGGAAAGAAGAGAGGUAAGACUGUGGGACUAAGGGAUUGGUUAAUUGUCUCCAGUGUUCUUUGCAGUAGUAAUUGGGAGGGUGCAACCAGACAGGACUUGAGGAGAUUGCUUAGGGAUAUCAGAUAACUUGCUCUAGGGUUGUUGGCCCUCACAUUGGAGGACAGGUCCAAGCCACAUCUAUCCAGCUGGGAUAUUACAGCUACAAAUUCUUCAUCUUCAAGUGCCUCACUGAGUUCAGUGCAUCUGGCCAAGUCAGCACCUCCAGCUCCAUUGCUUCAACAGCCAUGACUUGCUCUCUAAUGGUGUCCAGUGUUUCAUUGGAGGGGAGGUUCUACGACAGAAAUUCAGCUCUGGAUGGCUGGUUCUCUGUGAUUGUCUCAUGUUUCUUUUUCUUAGAUUUUUUUUUAAUAUAGCACUUGGUUAAUAGAUUCUUGAUUUAAGAACAUUAACUUGUGGCCUCUUUAUACACCUAGAAAUAUACCUUUGAAUAAAAACUUGUCAGUCCUGUCUUCCGCCUUUGGGCUAUAGUUGCCUGCUUCUUUCAGUCAGAGUAUGUCCCUAGGUCCGUGGAAGGUGGACACCCAGUUCUAGGCAGAAGCUCUUAACAGCACUCAGGCAUGGUCCUGUAGUGCACUGACUUUCAGAAACUGCCUUUUCUCCCCUUUUUGCCCAGUUAGACCUUACUUACCUACUUUAUACAAAGUGACCUCCUUGUUUUGCUUUAUUUUACACAAACUUGUGACUUAUAUUUGUGUUGUUGGAGCCACCAAUCAUGCUUGAAAGAAGCAAUGAAAGCAAACAUCAUCUAGUUGAGUAAUAACAUCCUUCUUCUGAAGGAUUGAGGAAACUGAAUUUCAAGGAUAGAAGUAGGGGCUAGGGGUUGCAUGUUGGGAGACACAGUGAUCUUUUGGAACCCUCUGCCAUGAUGAGGAAAACCUAAACGCUUAAAGAUGAAAUGUGAAGUUAGAUGCCAUAGGGCCAAUGGAAAAAUGAAAUACUGUAACAGGUAGUAACUAAAUUACCAAACCUUGGGGUUUCCUCCUCUUUUGAAGUACAAGGAAGUCUUAGUUACCUAGUGCUGCUAUAACAGAAAUACCACAAGUAGAUGGCUUUAACAAAGAGAAAUUUAUUUAUUCA